AUGGAGCGAUUUCAGGUGGGAUUCAGAUUUCUUCCGACCGAGGAAGAACUCGUUAGCAACUACCUUAAGAGCAAGGUACUUGGAUACGUCGACAAUUGCGUCAUCCCCGAGCUGGAGGAUUUCUAUGCAUGGGAUCCUUGGGAUUUACCUAGAUUGUAUCAAAGGAUAUCGAAUAUUCCGUCGGAUGGGUGGGCUUGGUAUUUCUUCUGCCCUUCUCCUUACCUAGCCCAGGGCAGCGAUCGCAUCAAAAGGCAGACAAGAAGCGGUAAAUGGAAGAUCACCUGCCAAAAGGAUGACAUAAAGACUCGAGACACCAAGGCUUUAAUAGGCACCAAGAGGAUUUUGGUCUUUGAAAAGGGUCGCGCCAAGACGGGAUGGGUCAUGCAUGAGUAUCACUUGAAUCCGAAACUUCUUGAUGGAUACUCCUCAACCUUCCAGAUACCAUACAUCCUUUGUCGCUUGAAGAGGAAACCAAGUGAAAGCUUGGAAAUUUCCCCAAGUUUUGGAGGAGGCUCCUGUGCAACUGAUGACACUCCAGUUGCUUCUCAACAUGAGGACACAGAUCAGGAGGUAAACAGAUGA